GCUGGUAAGCUAUAAAGGUUUGCAAACUUGUUUUGGAACUGCAGAGCCUCUGAUGUAUCUCCACUGAGAUUAACAAUUUACUGCUGAAUACAGGAAAACUGCUGAAAAAAGGAAAAAUGGGGUUAGGCAAGGGCAGUGAUAAAUACAAGCUGGCUGCGACUUCAGAAGAUGGGGGGAAAAAAAAGAAAAAGGGAAAGAAACAAGACAAGGACAUGGAUGAUCUUAAGAAAGAAGUUGAUCUGGAUGAUCAUAAGUUAACCUUGGAUGAGCUUCAUCGUAAAUAUGGCACUGACCUGACCAGAGGUUUAUCUGCCUCUCGUGCAAAAGAGAUCCUUGCACGUGAUGGACCCAAUGCUUUGACUCCCCCGCCAACUACUCCAGAAUGGGUCAAGUUUUGCAAACAGCUCUUUGGUGGGUUUUCUACUUUACUGUGGAUUGGAGCUAUACUUUGCUUUCUGGCAUAUGGGAUCCAGGCUGCCUCAGAAGAUGAACCAGCAAAUGAUAACCUGUACCUUGGUAUUGUGCUAUCUGCUGUCGUGAUGAUCACGGGAUGUUUCUCAUACUAUCAAGAGGCUAAGAGUUCAAAGAUCAUGGAAUCCUUCAAGAACCUUGUCCCACAGCAAGCCCUGGUUAUUCGAGACGGUGAGAAGAAGAGUAUUAAUGCUGAGGAAGUGGUGGUUGGUGACCUUGUGGAGGUUAAGGGUGGUGACCGAAUCCCUGCUGAUCUGCGUGUUAUCUCUGCACAUGGAUGCAAGGUGGACAACUCUUCCCUUACUGGUGAAUCAGAACCUCAAACUCGUACUCCUGACUUCUCCAAUGACAACCCUCUGGAAACAAGAAACAUUGCAUUCUUUUCCACAAACUGUGUUGAAGGUUCUGCUAGGGGUAUUGUCAUCAACACUGGUGAUCGCACUGUCAUGGGCCGUAUUGCUACCCUUGCCUCCAGCCUUGAAGUUGGACAGACCCCAAUUGCCAAAGAGAUUGAGCACUUCAUCCACAUUAUCACUGGUGUAGCUGUUUUCCUGGGCGUGUCCUUCUUCGUUCUGUCCCUCAUCCUUGGAUAUGGCUGGCUGGAAGCUGUCAUUUUCCUUAUUGGAAUCAUUGUUGCCAAUGUGCCAGAGGGUCUACUCGCCACAGUCACUGUCUGUCUGACUCUGACUGCAAAGCGAAUGGCCAAGAAGAAUUGCCUGGUGAAGAAUCUUGAAGCUGUAGAGACACUUGGCUCCACCUCCACCAUUUGCUCUGACAAGACUGGAACACUGACCCAGAACCGUAUGACUGUGGCUCACAUGUGGUUUGACAACCAGAUCCAUGAAGCUGACACCACAGAGAACCAGAGUGGAACCUCAUUUGAUAGAAGCUCUCCCACAUGGUCAGCACUUGCUCGUGUGGCUGGCCUGUGCAACCGUGCUGUCUUCCUUGCUGAUCAGGCCAAUGUUCCAAUUCUUAAGAGAGAAACUGCUGGUGAUGCCUCAGAGUCUGCCUUGCUGAAAUGUAUUGAGCUCUGUUGUGGUUCAGUGAAAGAAAUAAGAGACAAGUACCAAAAGGUUGCUGAGAUCCCUUUCAACUCUACCAACAAAUACCAGCUCUCAAUCCACAAGAACCCUAACUCCUCAGAGACCAAGCAUCUGCUAGUAAUGAAGGGAGCUCCUGAGAGGAUCCUGGACCGAUGCUCAACUAUUUUGCUUCACGGAAAAGAGCAACCCUUAGAUGAAGAACUGAAAGAUGCUUUCCAGAAUGCUUAUGUGGAGCUGGGAGGUCUUGGAGAAAGAGUGCUAGGUUUCUGCCAUUUUAGCCUCCCUGACGACCAGUUCCCUGAGGGCUUUGCAUUUGAUACUGAAGAGCUGAACUUUCCCACUGAGAACUUGUGCUUUGUUGGACUCAUGGCAAUGAUUGACCCGCCUCGUGCUGCCGUACCUGAUGCAGUGGGCAAGUGCAGGAGUGCUGGAAUCAAAGUUAUUAUGGUCACUGGGGACCAUCCAAUUACAGCUAAAGCAAUCGCUAAGGGUGUGGGCAUCAUUUCUGAGGGCAAUGAGACUGUAGAAGACAUUGCUGCUCGUCUGAACGUUCCUGUUGGAGAGGUCAACCCCAGGGAUGCAAAGGCCUGUGUUGUCCAUGGUGGAGAUUUGAAGGACAUGACAUCUGAUCAACUGGAUGACAUCCUUAGUCACCACACCGAGAUUGUCUUUGCCAGAACCUCUCCACAGCAAAAGCUGAUCAUUGUCGAGGGUUGCCAACGACAGGGUGCCAUUGUGGCUGUGACUGGUGAUGGUGUGAACGAUUCUCCUGCUCUGAAGAAGGCUGACAUUGGUGUAGCUAUGGGUAUUGCUGGAUCUGAUGUCUCCAAACAGGCUGCUGACAUGAUUCUUCUGGACGACAACUUUGCUUCCAUUGUGACUGGAGUGGAGGAAGGCCGUCUGAUUUUUGACAACUUGAAGAAAUCAAUUGCCUACACCUUGACCAGCAACAUUCCUGAGAUUUCACCUUUCCUUCUCUUUAUUAUUGCUAACAUUCCUCUUCCUCUGGGCACUGUCACUAUUCUGUGUAUUGACCUGGGAACUGACAUGGUACCUGCUAUCUCUUUGGCCUACGAAGCUGCUGAGAGUGAUAUCAUGAAGAGGCAGCCCAGAAAUGCUAAAACCGACAAAUUGGUGAAUGAAAGGCUCAUCAGUAUGGCAUAUGGUCAAAUUGGAAUGAUGCAAGCUACUGCAGGGUUCUUCACUUACUUUGUGAUCCUGGCAGAGAAUGGAUUCCUGCCUUCAGACCUAAUAGGAUUACGUGUCAACUGGGAUGAUAAAUUUUAUAAUGAUUUAGAAGACAGUUAUGGCCAACAAUGGACUUAUGAACGCAGAAAAAUUGUGGAGUACACAUGCCACACUGCAUUCUUUGCCAGUAUUGUAAUUGUGCAGUGGGCUGACUUAAUUAUCUGUAAGACCAGGAGGAAUUCCAUCCUACAACAGGGAAUGAAGAACAAAAUCUUAAUAUUUGGGCUGUUUGAGGAGACAGCUCUGGCAGCUUUCCUGUCCUAUUGCCCAGGCAUGGAUGUUGCCCUUAGAAUGUAUCCACUCAAACCGUGCUGGUGGUUUUGUGCCUUCCCAUAUUCACUGCUCAUCUUCCUUUAUGAUGAGGCAAGAAGAUACCUACUUAGACGGAACCCAGGAGGCUGGGUGGAAAAGGAGACAUACUAUUAAGCCAUGAACAUAUACCCCCCCCACAAACACAUACACACCCCAACACACAGCAGAUACAAGGACAGUCCACUCAUUUGCAUUACUUCUAUAAAUUAUAGAAAUUAUAGUUUUUAUUUUGCAAAGAAAUGUAUAAGAUGUAAUAAUAAUAAGCCAAAAAAGUACCUGAGAACUGACUGUUUUAAUAAACAGAUAUUAAAGGAUA